AUGAGCUCCACUGUUUCUCCACCUUGGGGAUCAAAACCAGAGAUGACACUUGGGUCAUUGGAAUCAUCACGUGCGGUGUCAACAUCUGUUUCUUUUGGCCAUUCUGAGUCCAGCCUCAGUGAUGCUGAUGAUACUGAAUUGCUUUCGGUCUCAUGGAAUCAGGAUUAUGGAUGCAUUGCUGCUGGUACUAAUCGUGGUUUUCGAAUUUACAACUGUGAUCCCUUCAAAGAAACUUUCAGAAGAGAUCUUAAAAGUGGAGGGUUUGUGAUAGUUGAAAUGCUGUUCCGAUGCAAUAUCCUUGCUCUUGUUGGUAGCGGUGCAAACCCACAAUAUCCAUCAAAUAAAGUUAUGAUAUGGGAUGAUCAUCAGAGUCGGUGUAUUGGUGAAUUUGCGUUUAGAUCUGAUGUUCGUGGCGUGAAACUACGACGUGAUUGCAUCGUAGUUGUGCUUGAGCAUCGGAUAUAUGUGUAUAAUUUCACUGAUCUGAAGCUUCUUCACCAAAUUGAGACACUAGCUAAUCCAAAGGGCUUAUGUUGCCUUUCACAUGAAUCUAACACAUCUGUGUUAGCUUGUCCAGGUUUACACCGUGGACAAGUUCGUGUUGAACACUUUGGUUUGAAGGUCACAAAGUUCAUUAGUGCUCAUGAUUCCAAUGUUUCCUGUCUCACAUUGACCAUGGAUGGGCUACUUCUUGCAACGGCGAGCACAAAGGGGACUUUAAUUAGGAUUUUCAACACAAUGGAUGGUUCCCGUCUUCAAGAGGUAAAUUCUAGCGGAAUUUUGUUCUUUAGUUAACAUCAUAUCUGUUUUAGUUAUUUUCUCCUGGAUAUCUACCUCUCUUAAUUUUUUUUGGUUCUUAGAGGUAAAUUCAUGUCUACAGUUUUAACGAUUUUUUUUUUUUUUUCCCUCAAUUGUAGUCUCCGUUGAUACCUGCUCACUGUUUUUCCACUUAAGUUUUAUUUGCCGUAGUUUUACCUAGUAAUUGCUCAAUUCUGCAUACUUAGCAUUAAAGAUGUGUUUACGUGCGUCUGAUUCUAUUCUGAUGUUAUGAUCAAAAUGUAGGUGCGUAGAGGGGUGGAUAGGGCAGAAAUUUACAGCAUUGCCCUCUCUCCAAAUGCCCGUUGGCUUGGCGUCUCUAGCGACAAAGGAACUGUUCAUAUAUUUAGUCUCAGAGUUCGUGUUUUUGGGGAGGAUUCAUCCGACCAGCAUCCCCCUUCUCAACUGCUGGCAAUGGUUCAUCAUAACUCAUCCAAUUCUAUUGAUCCUCUCAUAUCUCCGAGCACAGGCGCGAACCCCAGUUCGUCCUUGUCUUUUAUGAAAGGUAAAGACUCAGCCCUUUUUGCCUCUUUCUCUAUCAUUUAUGAUAUCAAGAAGACUCCAUGCAUACUUCGUCUUGCAAUGUUAUUAAAGAAAAAUGUCAGUCUUUCCAUUUCAUGAUUUUUUCAGCAUUAUUCUUACUUAGUUGACAUUAUAUAAAUUAUUAAGCUUUGUGAAUCCCAAAAGUUCCUUAAAAUAGCGUUCACUUUUGUUGAAACCUCCGGUGAUGUGGAUUAUGUUGUGCAGCAUCUUUCCUGAGAUUCGUAUACAUCAUGAAAGGCUUAUGUUGAUGGGAAAUCAAUGCAGGCUUUCAAGUGCUGGUUAAUCAUUGACUAUAAGUGGAGUAGGGUUCCAGUGGAUAGAAAUCAAAUUGGAUGAUUAUAGGCUGAACAUUAGUGAUGAGUUUACAGAGAGAGAGAGAGAGAGAGAGAGAGAGAGAGAGAGAGAGAGAGAGAUAUGGUAAGAUAGAUAGAUAGCUAGUUAGCUAGCUGGAUAGAUCGUCCGGCCUUCAUUAUAUUCAUGUCCAAGCUGAUGUGUUCGUCUCUGAGGGCAUCUGUUCUAGUCUCCCUUUUUCCAUCAGUGGCCAAUUUGGUGCUUAAAUUAUCCGAACAAUCUGAGCCAACCAAAACUAAAGCCACAUUCUUGGUGAAAAUCUUCAGGAGUCCUGCCGAAAUAUUUCAGCUCAGAGUGGUCCUUUGCCCAGUUCCACGUGUCGGAGACCACCCGCUUCCUCACCGCCUUUGGGUCCCAAAACACCGUCUUGAUCGUUGGCAUGAACGGCAGGUAUCCACCCGCUUCUUCAACCAUCUCUCUAAAGAGAGGAUUCAAACUCUAUUUCCAUUUAUGGAAGUGAUCCUUCUCUUGCUCCUCCGUUCUCUCCCCUUUCAGUUUCUACAGGUGCCGCUUCGACCCGGUCAAUGGUGGGGAGAUGCUGCAGGAGGAGUACAUCCGGUUCAUGAAGUCUGACGCCCGCCGGGGGAAGCCGCCAUCUGCCGCCGCCACCAUCGUCUCCUGA